UGGGAAGCCACGCUCGGGUGCUCCGGGCUCCGGCGCAGGGGACCCUGAGGACGUGCUGGACGUGGCACAGACCCCUCCGAUGCAGGGAUACUCGGUGCUGCAGGGUCUGGUGGGGCCAGCCUGCAUCUUCUUGCGGCAGAGCAUCGCCAUCACCCAACGGGACCGGGAGCUGCGGCCCGAGGAGAUUGAAGAGCUGAAGCAGGCAUUCCGGGAGUUCGACAAGGACCACGAUGGCUACAUCAGCUACAAGGACCUGGGCGAAUGCAUGCGGACCAUGGGCUACAUGCCCACGGAGAUGGAGCUCAUCGAGCUGUCCCAGCAGAUCACCGGGGGCAAGGUGGAUUUUGAUGAUUUCGUGGAGCUGAUGGGCCCCAAGAUGCUGGCGGAGACAGCGGAUAUGAUCGGGAUCAAGGAGCUGCGUGACGCCUUCCGUGAGUUUGACACCAAUGGGGACGGGCAGAUCAGCAUGGCAGAGCUGCGGGAGGCCAUGCGCAAGCUCCUGGGGCAGCAGCUCAACUAUCGGGAGGUUGAUGAGAUCCUCAAGGACGUGGAUCUCAACGGCGAUGGCCUGGUGGACUUCGAAGGUAGGAGCAGGGAAGGGGCCAGGAGCGCUCCCAGGGACAUCCAGGAUGCCCCACGUGUGUUUUCCCCCGGCAGAGUUUGUGCGGAUGAUGUCGCGCUGAGGGUGGUGUGUGCCAACGCGGGACCCAAGCCCCCCGUGCCUUACGAAGAGGAGGGGGCCACAGAGGGACCCCCAGCUCCAGGGGCUGGGACAGUGCUGGUGCACCAGAGCCCGUGCCUGGAGAGAGGCCGGGUGCUGGAGCUGCUCCGAUGCUGAGCUCUGACCGUGGGGGGAGGCACUGGGGCCAAAGUUGGGACCCUUCUCAGCACAGGCUCGGCCAGGCUUGGACCACUCUUGCCCUCAUCUCUGCACUCUCCCUGCAUCAUCCCCCUUCCCACCCGGACCUCACCCUGAAAGUCACACCAUCGUAGUCAUCUCUCCUUCAGCUAUGCCCCAUCCCUGCUGCUCAUCCCUUCAGCCUCCAUUCCCACUCUGUGCCACAUUGAGCCCCUCAGGCUCCCCUCAUACCAUGUUUAAUGUGAACUGCACAGCAUAACCCGCCCUGUCACCAUGGUUAGAGCUCAGACCUACUCCAGAUUCGCCCAGGGUGAGGCAUCCCUCCCCCUUCGGGGCUGGCACAGACUCUCAUGGAUGUUCUGGCAGCCCCCAGCACAGUGGAGACUCCGGGCCGCCCAGCCAGGAAAUUCACGAGGAGAGAAAUAAAGCAUUGCUGGGUGGAAGGGCCUCAGCCAGCUGCAGGCAGGGCUGCUGCAGGUACCCUCCCUGCCCUGGCUGCAGUUUUGGGGCCGAUUUUGCCCUUUUGAAAUGAUAAAACUCUCUCUACAGA